UUAGCAGGCAUGCUGACUCUCUUUCAAGUCUUUUUAAUACUAGCUCUGAUUCAAGUCUGACACAAGGGUGGGAGUGAGUGCAAUUCUAGCUUGAAAGGAGGGAAUGGUACUGGUUCCUCUUCUGAUGUAAACAUGACAUGUAACACAAACAAACCAAGUUGAACUUGUUGGUGCUGAAUAUUUCUAUACCUACUCUUUACUUGCCCCCUUAAGAUAGAACUUGAUCCAGCUUGUUCCGCUAACAAGUUUCUACUGAUCCUUCAACCCAAUGGAGAGGAGAGGAGAUGUGGUUUUCUUUUGUUUAGCUUUGUUCUUCUUGUGGACUUCUGUAGCUGGUUUGCUUUCUCCAAAAGGUGUCAAUUAUGAAGUUCAAGCUCUGAUGGGCAUUAAGUAUUCUCUGGUGGAUCCUCAUUCUGUCUUAAGUAACUGGGAUCCUGAUGCUGUGGAUCCCUGCAGCUGGACUAUGGUCACUUGUUCUCCUGAUCAUUUUGUGAUUGCCCUUGGGAUUCCUAGCCAGAAUAUGUCUGGUACUCUUUCAUCAAGCAUAGGCAACUUAACAAACCUCCAGACUGUGCUCCUGCAGGAUAAUAAUAUAUCAGGACCAAUCCCCUCUGAGAUUGGGAGGCUCCAAAAGCUUCAAACUCUUGAUCUUUCUGACAAUUUCUUCAUUGGUCAACUUCCAGAUUCCCUGUCCCAUAUGAAGGGUCUACAUUAUUUGCGGCUAAACAAUAACAGUCUCUCUGGAGUAAUUCCUUCCUCUUUAGCUAACAUGACCCAGCUUGCCUUUCUGGAUAUCUCUUAUAAUAACUUGAGUGGACCUGUACCUAGAUUAAAUGCAAAAACAUUCAAUAUUGUAGGCAAUCCCCAGAUAUGUGCCACGGGAGUUGAUCAAAACUGCUUUAGAACAACACUUAUUUCUUCUGCCGUGAAUAAUUCUCAAGAUUCACAAUCCUCCAAUAGACCAAAGAGCCACAAAGUUUCCUUAGCGUUUGCUUCAAGCCUAAGCUGCAUCUGCUUACUAAUUCUGGGGUUUGGCUUCCUCCUCUGGUGGAGACAAAGAUAUAACAAGCAAAUAUUCUUUGACGUUAAUGAACAACACCGUGAAGAGGUUUGCCUUGGAAACCUGAAGAAGUUCCAUUUCAGAGAGCUUCAGCUUGCUACAAAUAACUUCAGCAGCAAGAACUUAAUUGGCAAAGGUGGUUUUGGAAAUGUCUACAAAGGUUAUCUCCCAGAUGGUACGGUUAUAGCAGUUAAAAGGCUUAAAGAUGGUAAUGCCAUUGGAGGUGAUACCCAAUUCCAGACUGAAGUUGAAAUGAUCAGCUUAGCUGUCCAUAGGAAUCUUCUUCGGCUCUAUGGAUUUUGCAUGACAGCUUCAGAGAGGCUCUUGGUUUAUCCCUACAUGUCAAAUGGUAGUGUAGCUUUCCGUCUAAAAGCCAAGCCAGCUUUGGACUGGGCUACAAGGAAGAGGAUAGCUCUAGGAGCAGGAAGAGGCUUGCUAUAUUUGCAUGAGCAGUGUGACCCCAAGAUUAUUCAUAGGGAUGUUAAGGCUGCAAAUAUCUUGCUUGAUGAUUAUUGUGAGGCUGUGGUAGGAGAUUUUGGGUUGGCAAAGCUGUUGGAUCACCGGGAUUCACAUGUGACAACAGCAGUGAGAGGCACUGUAGGGCAUAUAGCCCCAGAGUAUCUCUCAACAGGCCAAUCCUCUGAGAAAACAGAUGUAUUUGGGUUUGGAAUUCUUCUACUUGAAUUGAUAUCUGGCCAAAGAGCUCUUGAAUUUGGGAAAGCAGCAAACCAGAAAGGAGUCAUGCUUGAUUGGGUGAAGAAAAUCCAUCUAGAGAAGAAAAUUGACUUGCUAGUUGAUAAAGACCUGAAAAACAACUAUGAUAGGAUUGAACUUGAUGAGAUUGUUCAAGUAGCUCUCUUAUGUACUCAAUACCUUCCAAGCCACAGACCCAAGAUGUCUGAAGUAGUUAGGAUGCUUGAAGGAGAUGGGCUUGCAGAGAAAUGGGAAGCCUCACAGAGAGCUGAAUCAACAAGAAGUAGAGGGAAUGAACUUUCCUCUUCAGAGCGCUAUUCUGAUCUUACUGAUGACUCUUCAUUACUUGCCCAAGCAAUGGAACUUUCUGGACCAAGAUGAUAUUGAAAGUUGGUAUAGAGUGGAACAAAGUAACUUCAAAUGCAAUUACUUGAGUUCAAAGUGAAUUUGCUGUACAUUAGCAUCAGAGUUAUGCUAGUUUCUGACUGUAAACAAUCUGAUUGAUCCACUGACAUAUAUAUAUGAGUGUUAUAUGUUCUUCUCCAUUCAUGGGGUGAAGAACUGUUACAAUAACGUUCAUAAACUAGAUUGUACUGAAAGCUGUUAAUAGUAUUUUGGGCCUCGAGAGUUU